AUGAUUGCCAAAAAGAAAGAAAUAAGAAUUAGGGUUCUCUUUUUCGAUUGAUUCGCAAAGCAAGGAGGCCCCUGUUUCAAUCGUCGUUAAGUGGCAGAGAAGAAUUGAAUAUCUAUGGGAGGCCAUGGUGGGUUAAAUAUUUUGCCCCAGAAACGUUGGAAUGUUUAUAACUACGAGAACAGAGAAAAAGUACGUAAAGAUGAAGAAGCCGCUGCUAAAGAAGAGCAGCUAAAACGUGAACAGGCAAGGAAAAGGGAUGCCGAGUUCCGACUUGAGCAGCUUCGGGCUGCUCGUGGUUUGGCUCCAUUAAAUAAACCUGGAGGUUCAGAAUCUGCUGCCGAAGAGCCUGAAGAGGUUGUGGAAUCCGAACCCAAAUCCGGUCACAUUAAUCUCUUUGAAGGGAUUAAGAUUUUUGAUCCCGUUAAAGUCUCGGGGAAGGAAGAGGGUGCCGAGAAAGAUGGGUUCAAGAGGAAGAAAUUGAAGAAAGAGGAGGCACCCAAGGUUGUGGCGCCAGAGGACGAGAAGUAUAGAUUGGGUUAUGGGAUUGCUGGAAAGGGAGUUAAGUUGCCGUGGUACCUGGAGAAGCGGAAUGUAGAUGUUGAAGAGGGGAGUGGCAAUGAUAGGUCAGAAAGAGUGCAGAAGGAUGAUGGAAGGAAAACCGGGAAGAAAACAAUAGAAGAGUUGCGGGAAGAACGUUUGAAGAGGGAGAGGCGAGAGAAGGAGAGAGAGCGGGCAUUGUUAGUCAAGGGGACCAAAACGAAUAGGGCUCUGAAGGAUACAAGGUUUUCCAGGAGGUGAGUUUGCAGAGGCCAAAGCUCAGCAGUUUCAUGUUUCUAAAUGUUCAAAUUGUAGAGUUGUAUGAACUUGGGGUCUAACUGGCCUUUUGAUAUCUGUGAGAACAUC